CGUAACUACCGUCCCUGUCUGAUGACGUAUAGAGUCGGUGUUUACCAUGGCGGCUAACUGCUAAUUGAUCGAAAAAUGUGGAUUAUAUCGCCGCGGGAACAGUCAUAGUUUAACGGGAACAGUCAGAUAUUAAUUCGUUCAGCAUGACUAACAGAACAUCUUAUUUUUAUGACCCGGACGUGGGCAACUUUCAUUACGGUGCUGGCCACCCCAUGAAGCCUCACCGUUUGUCUCUGACUCACAGUCUGGUGCUGCACUAUGGACUCUACAAGAAAAUGAUGGUGUUCAAACCAUACAAAGCAUCUCAGCACGACAUGUGUCGGUUCCACUCUGAAGACUACAUUGACUUCCUGCAGAAGGUCAGCCCCAAUAACAUGCAGGGCUUCACAAAGAGCCUCAACACAUUCAAUGUUGGAGAUGACUGUCCUGUGUUUCCUGGUCUGUUUGAGUUUUGCUCGAGAUACACAGGAGCCUCUUUACAGGGAGCAACGCAGCUCAACCACAAGAUCUGUGACAUUGCAAUUAACUGGGCUGGAGGUUUGCAUCAUGCCAAGAAGUUUGAGGCGUCUGGGUUUUGUUACGUCAACGACAUCGUCAUCAGUAUACUGGAGCUGCUCAAAUACCAUCCGAGGGUUCUCUACAUCGACAUCGACAUUCACCACGGUGACGGCGUACAGGAGGCCUUUUACCUGACAGACCGCGUCAUGACCGUGUCCUUCCACAAAUAUGGGAACUACUUUUUCCCAGGAACAGGUGACAUGUAUGAAGUUGGAGCAGAGAGCGGUCGGUAUUACUGCCUCAACGUUCCUCUGAGAGACGGCAUCGAUGACCAGAGCUACAGGCAGCUGUUCCAGCCGGUUAUUAAACAGGUGGUGGAUUUCUACCAGCCGACCUGCAUCGUCCUGCAGUGCGGAGCAGAUUCUCUGGGCUGUGACCGACUGGGCUGCUUCAACCUCAGCAUACGAGGACACGGUGAGUGUGUGGAGUUUGUGAAGAGUUUUAAGAUCCCUCUGUUGGUCCUGGGAGGAGGAGGAUACACAGUGAGGAACGUGGCUCGCUGCUGGACCUUUGAGACGUCUCUGUUAUUGGACGAAUCCAUCAGUGAUGAGCUGCCUUACAGCGAGUAUUUUGAGUACUUUGCUCCGGACUUCACGCUGCACCCCGACGUCAGCACCAGGAUAGAAAACCAGAACUCCAGACAGUACCUGGAGCAGAUCCGUCAGACAGUCUUUGAGAACCUGAAGAUGUUGAACCACGCGCCCAGCGUCCAGAUCCACGAUGUUCCAUCCGACAUGCUGAGUUACGAACGCAACGACGAGCCUGAUCCGGACGAGAGGGGGGGCGAGGAGAACUACACCAGGCCAGAGGCGGCUAACGAGUUCUAUGAUGGCGACCACGACAACGACAAAGAGAGCGAUGUAGAAAUUUGACCCAUGAAAUGAGGAGCGGAGCUUCCUGUUUGCAUCAACUCCGGUCUCUGAACUUCACGUGUUCACAGGUUUAACAUAAAACUUCUGGGAGGACUGAAAAGACUCUGAAGCUCUUUUUGUCUGUAGGUUCUGUUUUUAAAAGUCCUCAAUCAGCCGUCCUUCACACCGACACCACUGUCGCUUCAUCGACACAAGUCAUCGGAGCCGACGUGUUGCUCCUUCUUGUUUUGAAUUUACAAGCAGUGUCAAAAAACUAUUCUGUAUGUAUACAUGAACAGUCGAAUAUCUAGAUUUUGAAAACAGCAUUUUUUGUUACAUUGUUUUUCCACUUCAUGUCAUCUUAGUAAUGAAAUAUGUGAUUUUUUUUUUUUUUUUUUUUUUUUUAUAAAGAGGAAAGCGUCAUCUGUAACAAAUCUGACAAGCUGAAUUUAACCCAUGGGCUCCAUGUUUGUCUGGAUUUAGGAUGCAGCCCAAGCGAUGUUUUCAUCCGAAUCUGAAGGGUCAUGAAGCAUUUUGAGCAGCGCAAAUGUACGUUCUGUCAACCCAUGAGAUUUAAGAGCGGGAACACAUGUGACCCGCCACUCAAUGAGAGACAGAAAAAAAAAACAUUUCCCAGCAGGUGUCACGGAGAAGACGUGAGGAGUUGUUGAUUUAUUUUAUCUAAGACACGUGCAUAUGUGAGAAGCUGUUCAAGUGCCUGCCUGGAUCCAUUAGUCACACAUGAGCCAGAUGUUUUGACUCCUAAACCACCUAAACCAUUUUUAACAGAUUCUCAAAAGGUAAACAUUUUAGUUCAACACUCGGCUUACAUUUUGGUUUGCAUCUUGUUUUGUUUUUUUUUUUCUCAGCAUUAUUCAUGUGCCUUACAGCUCUGAAAAGGCACCUUCACAUCAUCUUUCAUUUGAAUGCGACAUAUUUCGGAUUUCUACACAGUGAACGAGGCUGAUACAAACAGGGGUUCUCCUCCCGUCCUUUCCCCUCUUUUCAUCUGCUCUUUAUUGUACAUACACUUAAAAAUGUAUCAACUGUGAGUGUGAUCAUAGUGUAGAGGGCCGCGGUGACACAUGGUGUUUUUCCAUUAAAUUAGCUCUGGUUCCUGAGUCGGUAUUGUUCCAAGAUUCAUGGAACCUUGGUGCUAUCUAUGCAGGCUGCAUUUCUACCAUUUUUAGUUAUUUUAGUCCAGGAUGUGUCAUCAGCGCUCAAUAUGCCCACCUCAGUUUGCAAUUUAUGUCUUUGGUUUUUAUUUCGUGCUGGCAACCAACUCCUCAGGUUCCAAACCAAUUUAUUUACCAUUUCAAUAUUGGUAGACUGAGGGCGAUGAAGGGCAUUUCCACAAACAAAGAAACUGUUUUAAGAACUAGGUCUAAUUUAAAGGAAAAGUGGUGCCAGUAGUCAGAUGUCAGUGCUGGUCCUUCACUGUAAAAGCUCAUUACAGAUGUUCAGUGGCUAUAGGACUCUGAAGCCACAUAGAUACACUCUACCAUCUGUCACCUCCAGUCCUCUUAUUCAGAAACAGGUUUUAUGUGACUUUUGAUAUCGUUGUCUACUUUUGUUUUUAAUAAAAAAAGAACCAACUGAA